CGUACGCUUAUUUUCGACGAUGAAAACGCGACUAAACUCGCUCGGAGCGAUAUUUAAGUCAAUUAAAAGCGUAGACUGGCGAUUAUCGGUAACAUACCUGGAGCGUUUAUUAAUGACUACAGGAUUAAUCGUGAUUGAUAAACAUCUCGGUUUGGGUUUCUUUUACUGUUAUCUCCCCCCCGUCGAUCGUUACGGCACUGGGCGUGGAUUACUCCGAGUCAAAAGGGACGCGCGGCGACACAACAAUAACGACUUUGCUCAAUAAGUGCCUUUGUAUAACGGUGUAAUAGCGAUCCGCGAGACGACGGAAAAAAUAAUGUCUUGCUGCACCGGUGGCAAGAAUGAGGAAUGCGCCGAGCCCAUGCGGGUGCGAGGAUGCACGGAUGUUUUCUGGCUCUGCCUCUAUAUAGCAUUCUGGUUUCUCAUGAUCUUGAUCGCUGCCUUUGCAAUAGUGUACGGCAACCCUUUGCAGCUUAUAAAUGGAUACGACAGUUUUGGAAAUACAUGUGGCAUGAAGAAUAAUCCAAAGUUUGGUAGCAUGGAGCUUUCUGGGCAGGAUACCAGUGACAAACCAUUCUUAUUCUUCCUGGAUAUAAGAAAUGUUACACAAUCGUUAAAAAUUUGUGUGAAACAAUGUCCCGACAGAACCUUGUGGGACAUGAAUGAUAUUUGUACAUUUUACAAAGAAACGGGAUCACAAUUAUGCCACGAUAGACCGGGCGGUGAUUUCAGUGCAUGUAACAGCGAGAGUAGCAAAUUCAAGAACGGAUCUUGUCCCAAGCCGCCAAUUUACCCUAGUAUACCUGUUUUAAAUCGCUGUAUCCCUAAGGCGGUCCAGGAUGUGAGCGAAACGAUAAUCUCGAAUUUAUAUGGCUUAAUCAAUUCGUGGGACGUUAUCAAACAAGUUUUGGGAGACCUGUACAAAACCUGGAGGCAAAUUUUAGCAUUAUCUUUCCUCGCUUGUGUUUUAUCGCUCCUUACAAUAUCCAUCUUUCAUUUAUUGGCAAGUAUUGUGACAUGGAUUAUAAUUGUGCUUGUAACCAUUGCUUGCACAGGUGGCACAAUUCUUUUAUGGAUGACAUAUGCUGAUAUAAAGAAAACUUUGGAUAAAACUGACCCAAAUGAACUUCUUGAAGAAUCUAUCCAAAAUGAAAGGGCGUUUCUCGCAUUUUCCAUUAUCGCUACUAUUAUCACUGUAAAAUUGAUUAUAUAUUUUUUUAAUUUCCUUAAACGCAUCAGCUUUAUGGCGGCACUAUUCAAAGAGAGCGCAAAAUGCUUGAAAGAAUUACCCGGCUUAUUUUUCGUACCAGUCUUAACAUUUAUAACUUUAAUCAUGUUUUUCGCCUUUUGGGUAUUUAUAAUUCUUUGUCUCGCAACGGCCAAUUAUCCCAAGACUAAACCGGUACAAAUGUACGAAAACAAUAUAUUUGAUCUUUUGAAUUUAAGUUCAGUUAGUGAAAAUGCUUCACUAAUUGAGGAGAAAAAGAUAGAUUUUUCUCUGGAGAGUUUCAAAACAUUUACUCUCGUGGAAUAUGUUGAUGCGACUUGGGUAAAAUAUAUGUGGUGGGUGUAUCUUAUUGGGUUGAUAUGGACGUCGGAAUUUAUUGUUGCAUGUCAAGCCAUGGUAAUAUCUGGUUCUGUUGCCCACUGGUACUUUAUAAUAUUUUAUUAUAUUAUAUAUAUAUGAUUUAUAGAAUAUUUUAUAGUAGAUAUUUCGUAUGUUGAACAUAUAGUUGUAUGAUCUCUUUUUAUACUAUUCCAUAGAUUUGAAAAGACUAAGGAAACAUCUCCAUGCUCGCAAUGUGGUUUGAAGUGUUGCAUUUGCUGUUUCUAUUGUUUAGAAAAAUUUAUUCGAUAUAUGAAUAAUAAUGCGUACACUGUUGUUGCUAUAGAGGGUACCCACUUCUGUGAUGCAGCCAAAACAGCCUUCACAACACUUGUCAGUAAUGCUCUGCAAAUAGCAGUGAUCAAUGGAUUUGGCGAUUUUAUAUUGUUCUUGGGAAAGUGUUUCGUUACGGCCACAACCGGGAGCAUCGCAUUGCUCUUAAUGAGACAAGAUCCCAAGCUACAUUUUUACGCUAUUCCAAUCCUUGUUGUUUGCGUUUUUUCAUUCUUCAUCGCUCAUUGUAUAAUUUCUCUUUAUGAGACUGUCAUUGACACGCUAUUCUUAUGUGUAUGCGAGGAUAAAAACUUGAAUGGUGAGAAUGGAAAAUGGCGCCAAUCCGCAUUAGCACAAAUCGGAGCCUCUAAUAGUAACGCGAAUUGCCAACAGUCCCAAGAAAUGACACCGAUAAAUGAAUAAGUAUUUGAUGAUUUGUAUGCAUAUUUUUUAUACACAUCUUUUCGUACGCACAUAUCUUUUUUGUAUUAUUAGAAUACUUAUUUUUAUGCAUUUUAUCACUUUGCAUAAGACUAAUAAGAGUACAUUCCUUUCAAUUUUCAUAAUAUCCGUAUCGUUAUACAAAUAAUUUUACAAAAAUCUAUCAGGGGAAUUACUUUU